GUCUGUCGUCUGAACCAUGACAUUAGUUGGACAGUUGCAUGCUUACAAGUGCGGCUGCUCAGUUUGUGAAACAGUUGUUACUGUACCGAAGUAAUAGGAGUCAGAAACAUAACCAGGACGAGGGGAUUUGUGGAUAUGUCGAAUAUAAAUUAGCAUAUUGUCUUUUUAUUAUUAUUAUUAUUAUCAGGCGAACGGAACUGCGAUCAACCCAAGACGUUUUUUCACCGCAGGAGAAGCAAAAACAGCCCCGGGGCGGUGAAAGCAGCUGCCAGCAACGAUGUCCGCCGAGGCUCGGCCAGCUUCCCUGCGCAGUCUGCUCAUGUCUUUCCGUGUCCUAAGGAAAACCUUUGGACUUCCUGUCUGAAAACCCCUUGCUGCCUUGGGGAUUUGGUGUUUGACAUUUUGCACCUGGUUUCUGCAUCAUUCUGGUUGCACUUCCUGGCAUCUGCCUUUGCUGUACUCAUCUUCAYUUCCUCCAGAAGGUGCAGGAUGUUCUCCACGUGCCGUGCAGCUGACGCCGAACCCGUUACUCUCAGUGGAAGAACUACAGAAAACUGAACUUCAGGACGCAACGCUCCGCUAGCGCUGCUCGUCAAAUCAUUGGGUCUUCACGUCUUUCCCUGCUCCACACCGGGCCCCCCCACCCACAACAACCUCCACCGUCUGCACCCCCAGUACCAUGCUGGGAGCGCUCUUGCAGCGGAGGAACAUGUCUCAGAAGCUGGGCGUGCUGCUGCUGGUGUUCGGCCUGGCGUGGGGACUCAUGCUGCUCCGCUACACUGUGCAGCGGCCUCGACAUCAAAGCAGCGCCGAGCUGCGCGAGCAGAUCCUGGAGCUCAGCCGGCGAUACGUCAAGGUCCUGACGGAGGAGAACCAGAAUGCACCGGGUGGUCCACAAGGAACCUCCAUGGCAGGUUAUGCGGACCUGAAGAGGACUAUAGCCGUGUUGCUGGAUGACAUUCUGACUCGUCUGGUCAAGCUGGAGGGGAAAAUUGAACUGGCCGUGAACGCCUCCUCUGCRAACACCUCCCACGCAGCAGGAGGACUCCUCGCCUCUGCUCCCGGAGGUCUGCAGAGAGCCUCAAAGCAGGAGCCACCUGGGAUGUCACGCCUUCACCCGCACAUCCCCAACAGGCUUCGACCACAUUAGUGAGGACUUUUCUUUAGCUCUUUGUUUUGAAGCACAUCACACUUUCUCAUCACGUCUGACUGAUGUAACAUCAGCUGAAAGAGAACUAAUAGGAGUAUUUAUGGACUUUCGGAAUCCUAUGUGUKGGACACGAGGGAGGACUUCUUGCCUGUCAUACCCAUUAUUUUAUAUUUGCCUUGCAGAAUUUAUUUUGCUGACAUAUUUUUUUAUUUUUUUUUAAACCAUACAACUUUUGAAUCUGGUGACUGUUAAAUACAGAGCAAAGGCUUACAGUAGCAGCCAAAACGGAAUUUAUAAUGUUUCCUUAAAAAAAAAAAAGUAGCACAAAAUGCUCCCCAUCCUCAUCAAGAAUAGCUCGACACUGUAGCAACAUAUCAAACACGCUGAGCUAAACUGUAUGCUGAUGAUGUUUGAAAAUAAUGACAUUUUAGGAUUUUUUUAGGUAGUGAUGUUGAGUUAGGUUUAAACAACACGUUAAGCAUAAAUACACUUUGUAGACAAGAUAUAAUCCAAAGAAAAGGUUUUGCACUUCAUAAAAGGCAAUAUAACUGUG